GCCCUGAUCUCCAAGCCCGUCAUACCACCAACAGCCGCGCAGACAUCAUGACCGAUCUGCACUCCUUUGGACAUACCCACACCUGCUACUUUACCUUACCUGUGUCCACCUCGCACUAUUCCGACGAGACACCUCAGUCAUCACCUUCCCAAGAUCACUCCCUCGACACAUGGGCAAGCUCUACAAAUCCACUUUUAGCCCACCGAUACCUUCCUAUGGCGAGCCCCGGUCCGAACGCCUCACGCCUUAUGCAAACGCAAACUCAAGCUGCUCAUCGACCUUCGACACAACCACUCCAGCCUGUUGGCAGCCCUUCGCCUAGCAGUUCCGAAUCCAGCUUGUCGUCUCAGCGCAGUAGUAUCUCCAUGUCUCACCCGCUCUGCUGCUGUCGCUGCCGCCGUGAGUCUCACGGCCACUCCGGCAUGUUCCAAUUCGGCACCAACCUCUACUAUUGCAGCCAUUGCGCCAAAAUGGUUGGCUACAGCGCUGGUUGAAGAACAAAAAACUUUUGGUUCCUCCUUC